AUGCAACUUCUAAGCAGCACCGAUAAGGAAAAUCAACCUAAUGUGACCGAGUUUGUCCUUAUAGGAUUUAGUAAUCUCCGAGAGCUGCAAAUUCUUCUCUUCUUGCUUUUUCUGCUUUUCUACAUGGUUACCUUGGUUGGGAACAUUCUCAUUGUCAUGCUUGUUAUAGCUGAUAAACAUCUUCAUACCCCCAUGUACUUCUUCCUUGGGAAUUUUUCUGGCCUGGAGACCUGCUAUAGUUCUACUAUUCUGCCCAAGACUCUGGCCAGCCUUUUAACUGGUGACAGAUCUAUUCAGUUCAAUCUCUGCUUUGUUCAGCACUAUUUCUUUGCAUCAUUUGGGGCAGCUGAGUGCUAUCUCUUAUCUGUGAUGUCCUAUGAUCGCUAUUUAGCUAUAUGCCGACCCUUGCAUUAUGCAACCCAUAUGAAUGGUAAGUUCUGUGUGAAGUUAGUUGGUGUCUCUUUCAUCAGUGGAUUUCUGGCUAUUUCCAUAACAAUAAUAUUAGUGUCCAGGUUAGCUUUCUGUGGCCCCAAUGAAAUUAAUCAUUUCUUUUGUGAUGUCUUUCCACUCAUAGAAUUGUCUUGCAGUGACACUAGUCUUUUGAGGAUUUUGAUAUUCCUUGUUGCUUCUGUAUUCACCGUUCCUCCAUUUUUGCUGACAUUGAUAUCGUAUGCUUCCAUUAUCACUGCCAUAUUGAGAAUCAAGUCCACCAGUGGCAGACAAAAGGCCUUUUCUACUUGCUCAUCUCAUCUUAUUGUGGUCACAAUUUUCUAUUCCACAAUAGCCAUUGUCUAUGUGUUACCAAACACUGUCACACUGAGAGACCUUAACAAAGUAUUCUCUGUUUUCUAUGCUGUCCUGACUCCCAUGAUAAAUCCACUUGUCUACAGCCUGAGAAACAAAGAAGUAAAGAAGGCACUGAAGAGACAGAUCCGUCAGUUGCUUGUAGAUACAUAG